AUGAACGAACAUGACCAAAUCCCGAAGCCAACGAACCGAAAGCCCAAUCGGCAGGAUAAUCGGGACACUGGUAAAUUCUGCCGAUACCACCAGCAGAACAGCCACAACACCGAAGACUGCAUCAGUCUGAGGAAGAUCGUUGAGCGUCUGAUUCGGGAGGGAAAGCUGGAUCAUUACAUCGCUAGGCCACCACAGGCACCGGCACCGAACGCGAAUCGGCAGAUCAACAUGAUCAGCACCAUAAGCGGUGGCCCCACUCUGGCGAGACCCUCUAAUCGUUCAGUGAAACAGUAUGUGCGUGCCGCCCACUACCCUCAGGUCUUCGGCAUAGAAGACGAUCGGUGCCGAAGGUGGGAUGGGAGCCCAUCACAUUUCUGUGAAGAAGAAGAGGAAGGGGAUCAUUUACCCCCACGAUGA